UCUCUCUCUCUCUCUCUCUCUGCUUGUGUAGCUUCAAAGAGUCCAUGGCUUUUUCUUUAAAAUGCAAAGGAAUGUUAAUUUUUCUACAAGAAUGUAAGAGCCCACAGCAAUGUGAGCAAACUAAUUUGCUUCAUUCACCCACCAUGAACAAUUUGAUUUUGUGCACCCACCAUUUAAACUAUAUAUAGGCCAUUUUGAGCCUGUUAAGGGAACUUUGACUUCAAAAUUUAAGCUGGUUACUUACUUUAAUGAAUUGCUGGUUACUUACUUUAAUGAAUUUACAGUUGCGAGAAUCGCAUGGAGUAUACAAACUAAACUUGUAAAAAUAAACAACGCAUUCAAAAUUUUGAAGUUAAAGUGCUGUUGACUGACUCAAAUCAAACGAAUUGAAUGGUUGGGUAGUAAAAUCAAAAUUUUGAAAUGUUGAGCAGCUGAUAAAUAUUCGAUGAGAUGUAUCAUGUAUUAAUUGAGAAAAUUUAAAUGUAAAUUUUUAUUUCAUUUUAUCAUUUAAUGUUUUUUUUUAAUGUUCCACUGCAUUAAAAAUUAGAAAUGGCAAGUGCUUCGUCCCAUGGCGGAUUCUAGAUCCGAUUCUAUUGCUCGAAGAUAUUAUUUUGUUUGGCAUGUUUUAUGAUUUUGUAAUACAUUUUGUGCAUAUAAGGUCCGUUACUUGGAAACAAAUUAUUUCAGUUUGUGAAUUUUGAAUUGUUAUUUUAAUUAUUUAGCUUUGUUAGGAAUUACUUACAUAUAUAUAUAUAUAUAUAUAUUUUGUAUUUUAAUAGCUGGACCGCAUAUGCGCCUCCAUACUGCAUUUGUAGUUAUGCACUAUGCAGUGGGUAACCGCAUGAAGGCCGCACACCGCAUUUUGGAACGUUGUACAAAACUUUGACUACACAAGCGAAAAACAUGACCAGGCUCAGUACAAGGCCGGAUCGGGAGUUAUCUCAAUUAAUGGUUACAUUCGAACAGGCAAGAAGUGUCAUCGAUAGUGACAUGCAGAUUAUGUCAAAAAAGAGAUGGAAGACGCCAAAUGAUUCUGAGGAUGAAACAAAUGAGGGAAAUAGGCGGAUGCGAGACCUAAGAGAAAUAGGGCUUGGGAUGGCAUCUAAACAAAAGAGUAGUAUAUGCAUCAGCACCGAAGGUUCUCGGGAGAUAUCCCUUCUUGAUAGUACUUCACGUGGCAAAGUGGACGCCAAUAAUGGUUUAUCUUGUUCUAGUCGCAGCAAAAAGUCUUGUUCAUCUCUGAAAAGACGACAGUCUGGUUCGGCCCAAACUUGUAAGAAUUUGCGAAGGAAGUAUCGUCGCCGCCCUCUAGCUAAGCUGUGUAACGGUACCAGGGCUAUAAUCCCAUCCUAUUGCCUGUGGGUUGGUCCAAGUGAACAAAAUACAAAAUUGAACAAGGCGGUCUUUUCGGCAGACAUGGAUGACAGCCCCGACUGCUCGGGCACUUCGAGCGAGGAGGUUAUAUUUGAUGCUUGUGGGAAAAGUCGUAAUAUCUCUGUCAACAGUACACAUUUGCACCCUGAAACUAAGGACUCUGAACUUUCAACCAUAUCAGAAUUUAUUGACACUGACAGCUCUGAUCAUUUAUUCAAUGUUCCCCUUGUUAUGGGAGACAUCUUUGCGGAUGCUGAAAAGCUAUACAGUUGUUGCAACCAUGACGGGGUAAAUUCACAGUAUAAUGAAGGACUGGGUGAGAGCGGCUGUAUUGUCUCUGCAACUCAGCUUAAUUAUUAUAAGAAAAGAAAGGAUAAAAGGAUCCUACAUAAGGACUCUGUCGGACAAAGGCUUUUGAGGUAUCAAGCAUCAAGCAAAGAUGCUGAAUCAGAAAGCUUGCGUUACACAGCCGAUCGAUUUGAUUCUUCCCUGAAUGACAAAGUGCCCGACAGGUCAUCUGUAGGUCUGCUCGAUACGACUGUUGAUGGAUCUUUUGAUAACUGUAGCCUUUUGAUAAAAUCUAAGUACCUUUCAGAAGUUGGUGAUGCUUCUGUCAGCGUUCUCGAGCAGAGUUUUGUUAAUGAACUAGAAGAAGAUGAGUCAGCCGAAGUUGUAAACAAGCUCUCCAACUUGCUUUCAUGCUCGAGGAAGAAGGGAGUAUCAUUAUCCUCAGAUCUGCCCGUUUCCACUUUAACGACCCAAGAAUUAUUGCCGUUUGGUAAAGUUCAUUAUCUACCGUGCACAAAAUACCAGCUUUCGAAGCCAGCAAAAAGCUUUUCUUUAGAGGACUCUACUUUCUACGAUGUUGAGCUGAAUGUGCAAGCUAGUUAUCAGGGAUCACAGGUACCUCUUGUUUCCCUCAUGAGUAAACUGAAUGGUAAAGCUAUUGUUGGUCAUCCUGUCUCCAUUGAGGUUCUGGAAAAAGGAUUUUGCCAUCCUCUGUUACUGAGGAGCGAGAAGAUAGGAAAGUUGCAGGCAAAAGUAACUGCAGCAAAAUACUCUUUGAAAAAGGUAUCUUUGCCAAAUAGGAAAUCGGGCAUUUCUCCGAGGAAAAUGCGGAGGCUGUCAUCGAUCACUCUUGAUAGCAGAGACGAUGAGGAUGAUAGAAGGCCGGUUUUGGAAAAGAUAGGCGGACCUGCUUUUGCUUGUGUUCCGCUAAGAGUUGUUUUUAGUAGGAUUGAUGAAGCAUUGCGUUGUGCUGUUCGAUCGGGAAAUGCCAGCUAACAGUGGUCAUGUAAAAAUAACUCUGUAAUUUUUUUCUCCCCUAGUGUAAUUCGAUAGCCGUCCUGUUUAUAGCUCUUGCAUGAGUUUUCAAUUCA